GCGAUGACACCACUAAACUUUGCUUUGUGUUUCACGUGUCUGUUUGUGGGAAACAUGGCCAAUAUGACAACUUUUGAACAAUCAUUACAGUUUGAAUCAGCUCGUGGCGGAGGAAGCUUGACUUUGUCAUGCUUCUGUCAAGAUGCUGCAGCAGAGAUCUUUUACUGGUAUAAGCAAGCGAUGGGGCAGACACCAAAGCUGUUGUCUUCAUGCUACAAGCGCAAUAGUAAGGGUACCUUUUAUGGUGAAUUUAACAAUUCACGUUUCUCACUGGAUACAGAAAACAGCAAAUACCACUUGAAGAUUUCAGAUUUGCAAAUUUCAGACUCAGCUACAUACUACUGCAUAGGGAGCAAUUUAUAUGACUUCACAUUUUGUAAUGGCAUUAUUGUGAGUGUAAAGGGUUCAGGUGUGAACAUCCCAGCUUUGGUCCAUCAGUCAGCAUCUGACACCAUCCAGCCAGGAGGCUCUCAGACUCUGAACUGUACAGUACACACUGGGACCUGUGAUGAAGAACACAGUGUUUACUGGUUCAAAAACUCUAAAGAACCUCAUCCAGGACUCAUUUACACCCAUGGAGGCAGGAAUGAUCAGUGUGAGAGGAAACCCAACACACAAACACACACCUGUGUCUACAACCUGCCAAUUAAGAGCCUGAAUCUGUCUCAUGCUGGGAUCUACUACUGUGCUGUUGUCUCAUGUGGACAUGUCGUGUUUGGAGACGGGACCAAGCUGGACUUUAAAGAUCGGUCGGACUCUCUUGUGUACUUCUUGAGUGCAGCUUUGGCACUGGCCACCAUCCUGGUUGUUUUACUGGCUUUCUCCGUGUACAAGCUGCAGAGGAGAAACAGCCAAAGUGCAGAGUCUAAUACAACAUCUCCAGCAACUUCUACUCCGAAUACAGGGCUACGUCAAGACGCGGUUGCCCUCUAUUACGCUGCUUUCAGGAGUGUCCGGGCCAACAGAUCGAGAAGACAGAGGGACAACUGCCAGAGCAGAUGUGUGUACUCCAUUGUAAAGAAGUAGAGCUGGACAUGUUUCUGCUAUUUGUGUCUGUCUAACAAGACAUUUUUUUGAUUUUCCCUUAUACAUGAACACUUAAUAUGAUUUCACCAAAUUCAAGAACUAUAAAGGCUUGCCUUGCAAUAAACUAAGC